AUGCCCCCUCCCCCUCUGCGAUGUCCCAGUUUAAAACCGAUUGCCAACGAUCCCGGGCCGGAGUUUGCAGAAAGGGUCAGGAGGAGCCAUCCCCGACCGCGGCCGGCCGAGCACGCCCAGCGGCCGCUGACCCCAUCUGUCCGUGGAGGGCGCGAGGAGGACGGCCCCGCGCGGGGUCCCUCGGCCCCUCGGCCCCGCACGCUCCCCCGAGGCCCAGAACCCGGUGCGGGACGCCCGGUCCCCGACAACAAAGGCGCCUCCCGCGCUCCCCUCCCCCCGCCGCCGCACGCACCUGCCCCGGGAGGACAGCUCGGCCGCCGCGUCGUCCUGGCCGGCCCGGCCGCGGCCGGGAGGGUGGUGCUGGGGGGUGGCCGGGCGCCGGCCCCGCGGCUCCCCACGCUCCCCACGGGCGCCCCGCCGCUCCCCACGAGCGCCCCGCCGCCGCUGACUAACGGCCCCCGGCGGGAGGCGCCGAGGCGGCCGCCUGCUCCCGGGCCUCGCGCCCCGCGCCGCCGUGGCCGCUGCCGCCGCCUCCCGCUCGGGGACGCUGAGCGCGCGCGGCCGCCUCCGUCUCUCCCGCAGUCGGCCGGCCGGCCGGGUGGCUGCUCCCGCGGGGCGCCGCCGAGCCGCGAGCCGGUCACUCGGACUGCAGGACGGCGUCCAGGCUGA